CUUUAGUCUUGCCACGCUGCCCAUGCCCCGUCCACUCUGAAGCUCAUGGGACGCACAACAAGGUAUCUCAUCACCGUCACUCUCUCCUUUUCUUCAAUCCAACGCUUUUUAACUUGUCUCUGGUUCCCUCCACCGAGCUCGGACCCUGUUUAACCCAGACCCACCUGAGCACCAUGCGGACGCUACUGGAGAGCAGCUGGAUGAAGUUUGGGCCAGCCGGCAGAGGGUCGUAUGACUGGGUGACUGGGUCCUCAUCGCCCCCCACUUUGGAAAAACAGCUUACGGGCUACUGGAACGAGUUGAACCCCGUUGAGGAGAGCAGGUCUGAGUUGCUUCUCUACAUUUUUCUCCCCGUAGUCUCUGUCCUCAUCCUGGGCCUCUUGGGCCUCCUGGCUUACCGGAGGUGCUCCCAGAACAAGCUGAGUCUGGCCAGCAUCCUCGCUCUCGACUUGCAGGACGCCGAAAGCAGCGCCGAGUUCCUCUCCUCGCUGACAGGGAACGUGGAGCGCCACACCAGCACGAGUUCCGACAUGUCCGACGGCGUGUUUCUUAUUGUCUAUUUGCCGCCGCCAUAUGAGGAGACGCUCACCAAGAUCACGCGCGCUGCGAGUUUGACCAGCUCCAAGGACUUGGAGUCUAUCAAGAUCGAAGAUCUGGAGGCCAAACUUUGUCCGGAGAUCAAAUCCAGUGGUCGUUAUGUGUGAUUAAAGGAAUGCUAAAACAAAAACAACUGCUAAAGGGAGUUCUUUAAAUGGGAUGUGAUUUGACUCAAUUAACAUCUCAGACUUUACUCGUUUUUUGGUUAUGCGUAGGCCUAAUAAAGACUGCUAGCAUGGGCUAAAGAGUCCCCAAAGUACUUUAAAGAUAUUGAAAUGAACAAUGUCUCAUGUAGUCCUCUUGGAAUCUUCUCAGUCUAUGUUUCAAAGUGGCAUUGGGCCUGUUUCAGAGAAUUUCCGUCUCUAAUGUCCAUGCAGAGGUUAUAAUGUUGAUAUCAGACAGGAUUUCAGGAUUCACCUUUUGUAUAUUAUUAGAUGUAUUUAUUUAUUUCAAUGUCAAACAUAUUGUCACAUCUAAUGCAAUAUCAUACUGAAUACUCAUUUUUCAAUAUGGUGGACAAAAAUAGGCACAUGGUAGGCUUAACCAAUAGCUUAAAAUAUUUGUUCUGUCACCACCUUAACUUUCUGUGUUCCCAUGUUAAUGUUAUUGUUGCCUGUGGUUUAUUUCAAGCAUAAAAAGCCUCAUAGUAAGUAGCAACAAACAUGUUUUUACAAAAUGUCACGAAUUUACUUGAAUAAACUGCAAUCUAUAAUGCAUAUUGAGGAUAUUGUGUUUCCAGUAACGUCACACACAUUUUUGGCCCCAGUUGUAAGAUCUGAAGAAGGUGUUUGAAGGUGAUAGGCCGAAGUCCAAAGUGAUUAUAUCUAAAUG